ACCUGGAGAGACGAAGAUAAAAGUGGACGUUUCCUAACGGCGCUGCGCCAAUGGACGUUAAUCUCAUUAAUCCUGUACGAUCGACCGUCGCGUCUCACCUACUCUUCGUCACGUUAAUGGAAAUCAAAGGGAAAUUCUUCAAGAUAACUCACUGCGAGUUGCGGACUCAGGCUUGCGCGACACAUUUUACUGGGUAAUAAAUAUAAUGUAACUGUGGACUGUUAGAAACCAAAAGUGGUAAUAACUCGAUGGACGUUCCACAUUAUUAUGCUGUCGCGCUGCGAUCAUAAAUGAGGCGGUCAUGGAGGACAGAGCUGCUUAUGGGAUACAUCGGAUCUACAGCGUGCUGCUCCUCUUCUCCUUUUCCUUGUGCCCCCUGCUUUGCCGAGGAAGCUGGAUGUGGCUGGGCGUGACGGCCCUGGGGGUCCCCGAGAAGAUGGGCUGCGCGAACCUGCCCCUGAGCAGCAGGCAGAAGGACAUGAUGUGUCGGCGCAAACCGCAUCUGCUGCCCAGCGUGAAGGACGGCGCGCGCCUCGGCAUCGCCGAGUGCCACGCGCAGUUCAGGCACGAGCGCUGGAACUGCUCCACCACGAAGCAGCCGUCAGUGUUCGGGUACGAACUGACCAGCGGGACUAAGGAGACGGCCUUCAUCUACGCGGUGAUGUCGGCGGGCCUGGUGCACGCGGUGACGCGCUCCUGCAGCGCGGGCAACAUGACCGAGUGCUCCUGCGACACCAGCCUGCAGGGCACCGGCUCGCCCAGCCAGGGCUGGCACUGGGGCGGCUGCUCGGACGACGUUCAGUUCGGAACCUCGUUCAGCCGCAAGUUCCUCGACUACGCCUCCGUCAACGGGUCAACGGCCAAGGGUGGCGAUGCCCUGAUCGCCAUGAACCAACACAACAGCGAGGCCGGGCGACAGGCCGUGGCGAAGACCGUGCUGACGGACUGCCGCUGCCACGGCGUCUCGGGAUCCUGUGCCGUGAAGACGUGCUGGCGGACGCUGGCCCCCUUCGACCGCGUGGGCAGGUUCCUGAAGGAGCGCUACGAGAACGGCGUGCACGUGCUGCACCGCUCCAGGCGGAAGGUGCGGCGCAAGGACAAGGACCGGCGGCGGCUCCCCGUCGGCAAGGAGGAGCUCAUCUUUCUCAACAAGUCGCCCAACUAUUGCCUGGAGGACCGGCGGGCGGGCGUGGUCGGAACCCGGGGCCGGCGCUGCAGUCGCACCUCUGCGGGGCCCGACGGCUGCAACCUGCUGUGCUGCGGGCGCGGCUACAACACGCACGUGGUGCGCAGCGUGGAGCGCUGCGAGUGCAAGUUCGUCUGGUGCUGCUACGUGCGCUGCCGCCGCUGCGAGAGCAUGAGCGACAUGCACACGUGCAAGUAGGGUCCGCGCCCGCCUCCCGCCGACCUGCACCGAGGCGCAGAAGUGUUUGUGCUCGUCCUCAGGAAGUAAGGAGGGGAGAAGCGGAAGGAAAAGAGCCACAAAGGCGGCCGUUUUCACUGAGCUCAGCGCGUCGCUCCGCCGCUCUCUGGGUGAUGUGGGAAACCCGGCCAUCUGCCUCAUGGUUGUAGGGUCCAGACCACCCCUUUCACAGGGGAAGGACCUUAACGUUUAAAAAAUAGUAAAAAAAAGAAAGUCUCAAAGCCAAAGCCCAAGCGGCUUUUUAGCAGUUGACAAGCUUACAGGUACAAAACGGGAGCAGUUUCAGUCCGUUUCCGGUUUUGGACUUGGAAAGCUUUCCGGAAAGAUCCAUUCGAGGUCACAAAGGGAUCAGAGGCAAAAUCAGAAACGGUCCAGUGAGUCUUUUAGGUUACACGUCACCGUGUACGGUUUACAGCGCUUUACAACCUGUAGCUGCCAGAAUAAAAUUACGUUUUGGAAAAAUCAGCCCGUAAUUUGUCAGGAAUUUCCAGUAUUUUUCGUUUCCUCGUUUGAGGUUAUUAAUUCCGCGCAGAAGCGCUUAACCUUUUGACAGACUUGGUUUCUCACUGGAAAAAGAGAGCAGUGCGGAUACGCUUCUCCUCCGCGCGUCCUUCGGG